GCUAGCUCCGGAAUUGGGCGUGCAACAGCUAUCCUGUUUAGUCAGUUGGGAUCUUCGGUCGCUCUUGUCGGCCGCGAUAACUCUCGUCUACAAUCUACGAGAUUAGAAUGCUUAGCGGCGCGUAAGGAAUCCAACUUGCCUGACCUUCCAAUUGAUCCUGUUAUCUGCAUAUGUGCGGACUUGAGCAAGGUGGAUGAAAUAUCCAAGGCUUAUAGCUGCGUGCUUGAGCACUUCAGUUGUCUUCAUGUUCUCGUAAGUUUGCAUCUGAUAUAUCCAAGAUAG